AUGGAAAAUCCUUGGUUUAAUUUUGGAAUGAAAAUUCCUAAAAUACGAAAAAGAGGAGAAUUAUUCCAGAGAGCUGUAUCAGGAUGUCCUCUUUCACGUAAAAUUGCUUAUAUGGGAGCUGUUGCUGAUUGUACUUACGCAGCUCGGACGCAAAUUCUUAAAGAUUGGACAACCGCAUCGGCAGUAUAUGAAGCUUCGUUUAAUGUUACAUUAGGAUUGAUAAAAAUAGAAAUUCAAGAUCAAACUUGCCCAACCACAGUUAAUCAGAGUAUUCCUUGGAAUCGGCCAUGUUCAACUGAUUAUAGUAUUAAUACACGAUUAAGUGAUUUUAGUAAGUGGAGAGGAACUUUAGGAAAUGAUGGUGCUGCAUUAUGGCAUUUAAUGUCUAAAUGCAAUACAGAUAGUAAAGUUGGUGUAGCAUGGUUAGGACAAUUAUGUCAAUAUUCUUCUUCUCAAAAUUCUGGUGAUCAAUCAUAUGUAUCUGGAACGGGAGUUUCCACAAUUACUAAAGAUGAAUGGAAAGUUGUUGCUCAUGAAAUUGGUCAUGGAUUUGCGUCUUAUUGUCCUUGUAUUAAUUGUGCAGAAUGCUGUCCAUUAAAUUCAACUACUUGUGAUGCCGACGGACAAUUCAUAAUGAAUCCUACAAAUAUUUGUGAACUCAUAUCUACUUCUUCUGGAAGUUGUCUUGUAGACCCAAGUGACAGUACAAAAACUAUAAUUAGUGAAGCCAUGUGUGGAAAUGGAUUAAAAGAAUCAGGAGAAGAAUGUGAUUGUGGUACAGCAGAAGAAUGUGUAAACGAUCCUUGUUGUGAUGGAAAUACUUGUAAACUUAAAUCGGGAGCUUUAUGCGACGAUAAAAAUGAUAUGUGUUGUGAGAAUUGUAAAUACAAGAGUGCAAAUACAACUUGUCGUCCGGCAAUUUCAGAAUGUGAUAUUGUUGAAUCUUGUGAUGGGAAAUCAGGAAUUUGUCCAACAGAUCAAUAUAAAGAUGAUGGAGUAUCUUGUGGUAGUGGUAAUGGUUUAGCUUGUGCCAGUGGUCAAUGUACUUCGAGAGAUGAUCAAUGUAUCACUAAGGGCACUAAAUUAGGUGUAACUAAAGCUUGUUCAUUAAACGCCGGGAACGGAAACGAUUGUGCUCUUCGUUGUGCUAGUCCUAUCGAAUCAACAACUUGUUAUGAAUUAACUGGUAAUUUUAUUGAUGGAACUCCUUGUGGAUUUGGUGGAAAAUGUAGUGAUGGCAAAUGUGUCAAUAUGUCAAGUUGGUUUGACCAAAAUAAAAAAAUUGUUAUUCCUAUCGGAAUAGUAUUAGGUUUUCUCAUUUCAUUAUGUUUGGCUCAGUGUCUUUACAAAGGUUGUCGAAGGCGUCACAGGAAAAUACGAGUUACUUCAGAUACAAGUCCAGGUUAUUCUCCGAGAGGAUAUUCUCAAGGAUAUAAUAAUUUAAAUGAUUCAAAUAAUGAUUCACAAUGGGUUGAUCCAACUCCUUACAAUGGACCAACACCAGCAUCAUCGCCAACUCAAGAAUUACCUGAUUAUUAUCAUUCCGGUGUAUCAAAUCCUCCUUAUGGUCAUAAUGAUAGAAGAAAUCUUCCUCAUUCCCCUUAUUCUCAUAAUCAUUCACCUGAUAUAAUACCUCCUUAUUCAUAUUACGAAACAGAACCACCAUCUCGAGUAAAUUCUCCGGCACCUACAAUUGCCUCAUUAAAACCCAAAGGGUUGUAG